UCAGAAAGUCACGCCGCUCUGAGAUCAUUAUGACAUUUGUGCACCGGUCUUAUAUAUUAAAGCCGGAUCUCUUGGAAUAUGAAAUAGUCUUAAAACGUGAAAGAUUUGGACAUCAUACGAUUUAGGAAUAUAACGUUACAUGUCUACUUUGGUCUUGAAGUGGUGCGUUAUUUGAAAAUUCCGUGUAUGAAAAGAAACCAGCAAAAAUAAUUGACAUCAAUGUCUAUGUUGACACUGCCUUCGUUUGAAGGGGAGACUUUCCAUCGUUUACGGACGAUGCAGACACAGACUGAAGGAAACGAUGUGUUCGACACACCGGCAUAUAGGCGCUGUAAUUCGUCCAUAGAUGUUACAAAGAGAAAGAUGCUAGCAGAAUCAGAGAGUAAAAAGAAAGCACGAUAUAGCGACAGCUGUUUGCCGGAGGAGCUCAUCUCCCUCUCAUACGAUCUUCUUACGCACAUUCAGAGACACGAGCAACAAAACGGAGAAUCUGUGUCAUCAACUGAUCAGAACGACUUCGAGAGAUCAGACAAAUUCUUGGUACAAACAGCUAUAGCGGAUUCAAGCUUACCGUACGAUUUCAGAUGUUUGGACAGAGAGCUUAGUGAUGAUGUCAGCACAAUCUCCACCGGAUCGACAGUCACGUGCCAAGAUUCACCUUCAGUACCAGAUUAUUCAUCCGGUAAUUCUAGCAUAUGCUGUAGCAAGGCUAGUUCAACAAAUAAUGUUAAACAACUGUAUACAACCGAACUCCAAGUACUGUGUAGAAUAUGUGGCGAUAGAGCUUCAGGCUAUCACUACGGUGUCCAUUCCUGCGAAGGAUGUAAGGGUUUCUUCAGACGUACUUUAAAGAAACAGCUGGUGUACAAGCCGUGUAAGGAAGGGUCCCAGUGUCGUAUCGAUACGGGGUCGCGGAACAAGUGUCAGAGCUGCCGGUAUCAGAAAUGUAUCAAUGCUGGGAUGUCUCCGAAUGCCGUACGGUUUGGCAGAAUGCCAAAAGCAGAAAGGGAAAAGUUGUUAGCAGACAGGGAAGAGUUAUCUACCUCUAACUCUGCUCGAAUUCUUGAACUCCGUACUUUGUCAGAUUGUAUAAAAGGCGCAUUUCAGGAUUCAUACAGCAACUGCAAAUUCAUCUCAAAUUACCUCUUCAGUCUUUCGAAAAAGGAACCAAAUUCUAUCAAGGUUGAACCGGAUCAGCGGUUCUGCGCCAAUACGAUGAAUGCUCAGCAGUUUGCGGAAGAAAAUAUUUUCCAAUCAUUCCAAGAGGCAGUCAUUCCAGUGAUUGAGGGGACGGUGAAAUUCACUAAAAAGAUACCCAAAUUUUCAAGUCUGGAAAUGGUCGAUAGAAUCGCUCUGUUGAAACAAAACUGUUACAGUGUCUCUCUUAUCUUGAGUUACAUCUUGUACGAGGGCAACACAAUUUGUCUCGAGUCAGAUUUAAAGCGCAUAUCAUUCACUUCCGCUAAUGAGUAUUACGUCUGCUUCGAGGCGCAGUGUCUAUUCGAAGGAUUAUUUCAGGUGGCAAGGAAAGUUAGCAAGCUCCAGCUUACGCCAGUGGAAGUGGCUUUAUACUGUGCAAUAGCUCUACUCAUAGAAGCACCCGGUGUAACGGAAAGCAGUGCAAUUGAAGAAAUUCAGCUGGAACUCGUGGACUCACUUAGACUCGAACUUAAACACAAUCACCCCAAAGAUAAAUACCUUCUACCACAGUUGUUAGUUCUGGUUCCUCAGCUUUUACAGGUCACCGAGGAGCUUAAAAGUCGAUUAAAAGGACAUCUUUUUGAUGAAUCGGAAACAUAUUCGAAGACCCAUGAACUGAUAUGUGAAAUAUUUGACCUUCAUUGAUAUAUUUAAUCGUGUAUGUGAAGACAGAAUUUCCCGGUGAUGAAGUGUUUUAGAAAAUUCGUAGUGUUGUGGUAGUUUCAGCGAGAGUUAUCUUGGUUGAGUGUAAUAUCGCAUAUAACUAUACAAUUCUAUUUCAUUGUUGCUCACUGCAGACUUGGAGCAGUCUUCUGCGCAUGUUCGGAAAUGAUAAUCAGUUGGAGCGCUCGCAAAUUAUUGCAUGUCCGCAUGCGUUUAGUGUAUAAUAUGUAUAAUUUACUGACAAAAGGUUAGGGUUAUGGUUAGGGUUACCAUGGUUACAAAAAUGUAUACAUUUUAAAGAUACUAAAUUUUCAAAUCGCUUGAAUCCGGUAUAUACCAGAGUGUGUAAUUUAUCACAGGCGCUCCAGAUCCUUUUUUUAGUCACAGUCAUUCUAUUUUAGGACAAGCCAGUCGCACCAUUUUUUACAAAAAAAAACUGUUCUCGCGUACAAAACUAGAAUUUUAGGCUAACCUUAUGGUGCCGUGUUACUAGUUACAGCAAACUAGUUGUUGUUUUUUUUCUCGAUUGGUAUUUACAAAUAUCACUCAAAACUUACAUUAAAGUAACAAUCUUCAAAACAUUUUUUUCACACUUUUACUUGAAUCAUUUUCAGAAACACACAAGAAAUGAGUUUUCAGUUUAUACAUUGGUAAUAGGCUAAUUAUAAAAUUUGAACAGGAUUGGCACAUACAUUAAUAAAAAACAUGAUGGGUACAUACAUUAAUAAAAUAUGAUAGGUGAAUACAUAAAUAAAACAGGAUGGGAACAUACAUAAAUAAAACAGGAUGAUCAAUACCAGAUAUGACUGGAUCUGCUUUUCUGUGAUUUUAGUAUAUCUAUAUCGUUCUCAGUGUUUGUCUAAAUUAGUUUAGUUCUGUAAUUUUUUCACUUUUACAAGUUUUAAUUUAAUUCUAAUAUCUUACUUAAUUGAUUGACAGCUAGUGAGUUAUUUAUAAGUCUCGUUUGUUUUAGACUAAAACACUAUUUUGUAAAGUUAAAAACAUUAAUACAUUAGGUUGUCAUAGUGACAAAUACUCAUGGAAAUUAGUAUGUUUUAGAGCCAAUGAAUAAUCGUGACAUCAUCAUAAUGACGUUAUGAAAGACUAUUAGCGGAAAUCUGGCGGUUUUUAACAAUUUUUAAAAGAUUCAUUAAAAUAUCAAAACCUAUCCCAUACUGUAUACGUACGCUUAUUAUGAAGCCGAUUGAAAUAGUUUUCUUAACUGACAAAAUCUGUUCAUAUAAAGUCACUGAUUUUAAAGCUAAUUUUGAAAACUGUCUAUAACAUUAUCGAUUUUUUAUUUCUGGAUUGCGCUCAAGUUUUCAUUUUUUGUAUCUUAAUAAAAUGUCACCAUUUUGUAAAAUAUUUAACUGAAUUAUAACCACUGUGUUGAAUAUAGUUUUCAUAUGGAAGGAUAGGAAAUUCUCCAUUUCAUAGAGCUUCCAUAAGCAUAUUUUUAAAACAUUUUAGAUUUUCAUCUCAUAUACAUAGUGUUAUAGCUGUUAUCUGAAAUUUCAUAAAUUAUGAAAGUUCGUUAUUGACACAAAUUUGUCUAACUAUAUACUCCUUAAAUAGUUUAAUUAAUUGUUGAACAAUAAGAACUAUUUUAUUUUUUAUAUUCAAUUUCAUUUUUGAAUUAUCUAUCGCAGAGGGUGAAGUAUAUUUACAAAAAUGUAACUGUACCAUCGAUUUUUAUAAUUGAGCCGCGCCAUGGAAAAACCAACAUAGUGGGUUUGCGACCAGCAUGGAUCCAGACUAGUCUGCGCAUCCGCGCAGUCUGGUCAGGAUACAUGCUGUUCGCUAACGGUUUCUCUAAUUGCAGUAGGCUUUAAAAGCGAACAGCAUGGAUCCUGACCAGACUGCGCGGAUGCGCAGGCUGGUCUGGAUCCAUGCUGGUCGCAAACCCACUAUGUUGGUUUUCUCAUGGCGCGGCUCAUAUAUAGAACACAUGUUUCCUUUAAAAACUUGACUGGAGAUUCUGUAAGUGCAGACUAACGAUUUUUGAAAGAGGAUUCUGCACCAACAAUCCACUUUAGCAUUUUAAGCUCUUUUUGCUAUUUUUUUUACACAAAGUGUGGAAAUUUCCAUGGCAAUUAAUAUGUUAAUUAUACACACAUUUUUUUUAUAUAUCCACAUUUAGUAAGCCGCAGGUUGUACACUAAACUGUUAUCACGACGCUAUCAUUCUUUUUUAGCUCACCUGAGCCAAAGGCUCAUGGUGAGCUUUUGUGAUCGCUCUAUGUACGUCGUACGUCGUGCGUCCGUCAACAUUUUCUGAAAAAAAAUCUUCUUGAAAACCACUGGGCAGAACUACACCAAACUUCAUAGGAAUGACCCUUUCAAAGUUGUUCAAAGACUUGAAUUCCAUGCAGAUGUCUGGUUGCCAAAGCAACCGAAAGAAAAAAUUUUAAAAAUCUUGUCCAAAACCGCAAGGCAUAGAGCCUUGUUAUUUGGCAUGUGACAUCAUCUAAUAGUACUCUAUUAAGAUUUUUCAAAUCGUGUCCCUGGGGUGAAAAGAUGCCCUACCCCGGGGAUCCCAGGUUUUACAUAGACUUAUAUAGGAAAAAACUUUAAAAAUCUUCUUGUCUAAAACAACAAGACAUAGGCCUUUGAUAUUUGGUAUGCAGCAUUGCCUUGUGUUCCUCUACAAAAAAUUUUCAAAUUAUGCCCCUGGGUGAAAAGAAGAAAAAAUCUUCUCGUCUGAAAGUUCAAGGCCUAGACCUUUGAUAUUUGGUAUGUAGCAUUGCCUAGUGGAUCUCUAACAAGAUUGUCCAAAGUAUGCCCCUCGGGUGAUAAGAGGACCCUCCCUGGGGUCACUUCUUAUAGGAGUUAUAUAGAAAACAAGAAAUGUCUUUAAAAAUGAUGGUCGGCGAAUUGUAAUAAGGAAAGAAGUUUAUGAAUUUUUCAUCUAACAUUCAUCUUUCAUCUAACAUUUUGCAAAACUAAACACCGCACUUUAACAAUUUAAAUGGUUCUCUUUUAAUUUUUCGCAAAGGUUUCGUAGGGUUGCAAUUUUGUUUCGUUUAUCCUUAGACGAAUAAUUACAGCAGUAGUUUGAUGAAGAUUCAUGAAGAGGUCAUUAAACGUGUUUAUAUUUUUAGCUAAAUUGGUCCCUAUCCCCAUUUGUAACAAAAUACAAGAGACCUUACGAUAUUGUUACACAUCGAGUUUGAUAAAAAUCCAUUACAUUUUAGUGGUCAAUGCGAAGAAAGGCAUAUCUACUUUUAGCUAUAGUGGUCCCUAAUAGGGCCCAAGUUCCUAUAUAAAUAAAUUUGGAAGAGGACCUUAUAAUGAUGCUCCAGACCAAGUAUGACAAAGAUCCACCAAGCUGUUCAUGAGACCCUGUAUAAAGACAUUUCUAGUUUUAGCUCUAGCAGCCCCUAAAAGGGGUUAAAUGUCCCAGCUGAACAAAGUUGGCUGCGGGCCUAAUAAAGAUGCUACAAAUCAAGUUUGAUUAGAAUACAUGAGAAAAAAUCAAUUAAAGGAUUUUUUUAUUUAUUAUUUUUAUUUAUUUCUAAAAUAGGCCAACUGACCCCGCUUUAACAAAUGCAUAUUCGAUAUUCAUGAAUCUUUGGACAAUAACGUCACACCUAUAAAAAGGUGAAGGUCAAGCAAAACAUACAAUUGUAAUUAUUUCAAUAUUUCUGUUUCGUAAGCUAAGUUUGACCGUAGUCAUAUCACAUAGAUAAACUGUAUGCAGCGUACCUUCAUUUCAGUGUAAUGAGAUUCAGUCAUUAUAUAGCAUAUAUAUAAUAAAUCAGAUUUCAACUGAGUUCAAUAUUUGCAUACCAUACUAAAGAAAGAUAUUCAUAUAUAAUAAAUCAGUUAAAUAAUUUAUAACAAAUAUAUCAAAGCAAACAAGUACUCAUUUUAAUAUGCAAUCUGAAUAAGUCACAAAAGCAAGAAACCUUUUCAUAUACAGACGACAAUUGUAAUAAGGAAAAUCUUUUAAAAAGCACUUCUCUACAUAAAAGACUCUUAUCACACCCUU